AUGGAUUAUUCCCUACAAAACCAUGCUUCCUACAUUGGCCGUCCGGUCUCUGAGCUUCCAACCCCGGCUCUCGUCCUAAGUAAGCCCGUGCUGGAGCGAAACACCCAAAUCUUGUUAGAAGAUGUCAAACGGCUGGGAAUUGAGUUCCGGCCCCAUGUCAAGACUCUCAAGUGUACCGAGGUCACCCGCAUGAUGCUAGGUGACGGCAUGUACCGCCGGAUCGUCGCAUCAACCCUAUCCGAGAUCCGGGGUUCAUUGGAUCUUGUUAAAGAAGGCAAACUAGACGAGUGUCUCUAUGGUCUACCCGUCUCAGCCAGCGCUCUACCGUUCCUUGAAACUCUAACCAAAUCCCUAAAGAUCAUUCUGAUGAUCGAUAGCGAGCAGCAGAUAGAUCUCCUCGAAUGUUACGCCUCGAAAUCAUCUUCUCCCGUAGCACAAUGGCCCGUUUUUAUCAAGAUUGACGUCGGCUCCCAGCGCGCGGGAAUGGCAACAGGCUCACCAUCCAUCCUGAGAUUAAUCCAACGCAUUGAAUCAUCGUCUGCAGCCACUGUAUACGGCUUCUACUGUCAUGCCGGGCACUCAUAUGCGUGUCGCACAGAAGAUGCCGCAGCCGCGGUGCUCCAGACCGAAGUCGAGGGUGUAGUUGAAGCAGCCAAGGUGCUGGUAGAUGGGGCAUCCGAUAGACGGAUUGUGGUAUCGGUGGGAUCAACGCCAACCGCACAUGUUGUGAAAAGACUGCAAGGCACGUUGCCCGAGGGGAUGGAGUUGGAAUUACAUGCUGGAAAUUACCCCACCAACGACCUCCAACAAGUAGCCACCUCACUUGUGGAACCGACACAACAGGCGGUGCGAAUUCUCGCUGAUGUGUGCAGCGUGUAUCCUGAGCGCAACGAGGCGCUCGUUAACGCGGGGACUAUUGCGCUUUCGAAGGAGACGAGUGAGUUCCCCGGGUUUGGGGUUGUCGUUGAUCGACCUCAGUGGAGUGUUGUGCGGAUGUCGCAGGAACAUGGGAUUCUGGGGCGAGUGGAGUCUGAUCAGGCGCGCAGGCUUAUUGAGAAGAUUGGGUCGAAGUCUGUCGAUGGGGAGAAGGUGGAGGAUGCGUUUGUGAUUGGGGAUAAGGUUUUGUUAUAUAUUCAGCAUGCUUGUAUUACGGCUGCUAUGCAUUUUGCUUAUUAUGUUGUUGAUGAGCAGGAUAUUGUUAGGGAGACGUGGGUUCCGUGGAAGGGGUGGUGA